AUGAUGAAGUGUAUAAUUUUGUGUAUCGGCUUCUUUGUGACCGGAUCACUGGGCAAUGUUGCUUCAUUUAUCAAACCAUGUCCUCUAACGGACUCUGCAUGUAUCGUAAAGUCAGCCGAGAUCGCAUUACCCUAUUUUGUUAAGGGUAUUGACGAGGUUGGAGUUCGACCUAUGGAUCCAAUGGUUACCAAAGACAUUGAAAGCAAUACUGACGGAUUACAGCUAUCCCUCAAAAACGUGGUGGUGCAUGGUCUUGCCAAGUGCAAGUUUAAUAAGAUUGAACGUGAUGUAUCAAAAUCUACAGUGUUCUUGGAUGUUGAAUGCCCAAUUGAAUGUGUUGGCAACUACAAGUUUGGUGGUAAACUGCUUGUCCUAGACGUCGAAGGAGAAGGACCUUUCAGAAUCAAAGGCGAUAAACUGCACAUCACUCUCAACCUCAAAUUGAAGCAAAACACAAAAAAUGGCAAAAAAUAUUACAAAGUCUCUGGCUUUGAUUACAACUACGAGCCUCUUUCUAAAUUCACUUUUAAUUUUGAAAACUUGUAUAAUGGCGACAAAGUAAAAGCCGAACCGAUUGAGAGAAUACUUGACGAAAAUUGGAAAGAAAUUUUGCUCGGUAUCGGCAAACCCGUCGUCAAGGAGAUUGUUUCUCGAGCGAUAGACAAUUGUGUCAAAUUCUUCCAAAAUGCACCUACUGAUGAAAUCGAAAUUGUCUAA